GACAGAAUAUGGAUGGGUCUGGCUUAUGCCCCUUCCUCUGCCAGUGGUACGCUCCCGGGGUCUCUCUCCGAGGUGGCACUGGUCCUUUGGAAAGCUGAUCAGCACGGAGGUAAAGGCAGGAUGCUCCAGAGAGUGAUUUUCGUGGAGUAAAGUGGAUGAUCAACAGCAGCACCACUGGGAAGAGUGAGAGAGGGAGGAACAUCACGGCAUCCAGGGGCUGGGAGCCUAAGUCAGGAAGGGGGGGAAGGAGAAAGAUCGCCUUUUACUGAGGAACAGCAUGAUUUUCCCCUCUCCCUCUUGAAUUCUAAAACUUGAAACACCAAGAACACUAUGGAUUUACGCUUUUAUAGAUCAGUCCAGUCUGGACACUGAAAUAAAAGCAGCUGUGGAGCUCUAAGGGGGAUGCUUUAUACGGAGUUUGUGAAUAAGGCAGUCUCUGCUGAUUGCGUAGCUCCUGUGUUUGAGCGGCACAUGCUUUUUUUGACAAGUCAACCUCAGGAAAGCAGGAGUGUGAAACCUGGUUUGUUGCUGGUGCACUACGCAAAACUGGACAUGAAUGGGAUGGCAUCAGAUCACAACACUUCCUCCCAGGAAGAAUACCUCCCACACUAUCUCCAGAAGGAAGACCCGUUUGCAUCAAAGCUUUCUAGAGAAGCUGAUAUCGUGGCUGGGUUUUAUUUGACAGUAAUUGGGAUUCUUUCAACUCUGGGAAAUGGGUAUGUUAUUUUUAUGUCCUCGAAGCGAAAAAAGAAGUUGAGACCUGCUGAGAUAAUGACUGUUAAUUUAGCAGUGUGUGAUCUGGGCAUUUCAGUUGUAGGAAAACCCUUUAGUAUUAUUUCCUUCUUUUCUCACCGCUGGGUGUUUGGAUGGAUGGGCUGCCGCUGGUAUGGAUGGGCUGGUUUCUUCUUUGGCUGUGGGAGCCUUAUUACCAUGACAGCUGUCAGCCUGGAUAGAUACUUAAAAAUCUGCCACUUGUCUUAUGGUACCUGGCUUAAGAGACAUCAUGCAUUUAUCUGUCUGGCAAUAAUCUGGGCCUAUGCUACAUUCUGGGCUACAGUGCCUUUUGCUGGUGUGGGGAGCUAUGCCCCUGAGCCAUUUGGGACCUCCUGCACCCUGGACUGGUGGCUGGCACAGGCUUCAGUGGCUGGACAAGCUUUCAUUCUGAGUAUUCUUUUCUUUUGCCUCCUGUUCCCAACGGCGGUGAUUGUGUUUUCCUAUGUCAAAAUAAUUUUAAAAGUCAAAUCAUCCACCAAAGAGGUUGCUCACUAUGAUACCAGGAUUCAGAACAGCCACAUACUUGAAAUGAAGCUGACCAAGGUGGCAAUGUUGAUCUGUGCAGGGUUCCUCAUUGCCUGGAUCCCUUACGCUGUGGUUUCGGUGUGGUCAGCCUUUGGACAGCCGGAUUCCGUUCCCAUCCAGUUUUCAGUGGUACCAACUUUGCUUGCAAAGUCAGCAGCCAUGUACAACCCGAUUAUUUACCAGGUCAUUGAUUGCAAGUUUGCCUGUUGCCGGUCAGGAGGAUUGAAGACACUGCAGAAGAAGAGCUCUUCAAAGAAAACAAGGAUGUAUACCAUAUCUGCACACAGAGACUCGAUGGUGAUGAACGAAACCCAGCUGGAAGUAUGAAGGUCCAUUUCAUAUACAGCAAAUGAAAACCUGAUGAUAAAAAUCAUACCGUCUCAAGUUCCUCUUUCUGUAAAUAAAUUAAAACAUGAUGACAGUUUUAUUUUACUCCCUAGUCCUAUGUACAAUGUAGUUCUUUGCAUCCAGACCAAAAUAGUGUGAUUAGAGCUGAGCAAAUAUUUUAAGUACUCAGAGGAAGAAGAAACAGAGAAGAGUCAUUUGUAUAAAAAAAUUUUAUUCACUUCAGAUUUUUUUUUUUUUUUUGUUAGCACUAGGAGAUGUGAUAGUUUUGACGUUAUUUUCCCUCAUGGAAAAGGUAGUAUUCACAAAGGCCAGUUUUAGAUUGCUAAAGCUAAUCUCCCCAGAUUCCUGCUGCAGUCACUGGAGAACUGGAGCAUGAGAGAAAGGACUCCUUGGAAGACAAAUCUGAGUUGGCCCUUCACUUAUCAGGGGUCUGAAUCACCCACUGGAGAAAUAUUAGCCCACUCUCUCCAACUCAUGUGGCUACAAGCUAUCUUAAAACCGCUUUGACUUCAGUCCUUCAAUAUUCAGAAACAUUUUGCUUUCAGUCAAGGCCAGCUCAGAAGCUCCACACUCACGCACUGCAAAUGGUCUGCAUCUGUGAAUGAGAGGGGAAAGGUCUCUUCCUGAAAUGCUAGUUUCAUUUAAACAUUUUGGAAUCAUGAAUGACUUCGUAAUAAAAAACCAGAACCUUAAUGAAGUCAGCCCCAUAUAAGCCAAACUGAGCAAACCAAUAGUUUGCACAUCUUUUUACCAUUCCCUGGUCAAAAUUAAAAUGAAAUAUGAUGGCAACAAGCAUACAGGUUUGAAUUCUUUGAAUGGUAACUGGCUUUUUGCAGCUUGUAUUUUACUUUUCACCCUUCUUUAUGAGAUCACUAUGUAAUAUAAAAUGACAAAUACUUCAAUUCUAAGCAUGAAACCAGACUCAAAACUAGUGAAUUAAUGGGAAAGAUUACAGCACAGUAACAGAGAAUUCUUUCUCAAAUGCAGUUGUACCUAAUUUUUAAGCACUAAGUGCUGGAAGGGUAAGCAUUAGGAACGAUUUAAGGAGAACAACAGUCCAACUAAAAUGAAGCUUGUAAGUUCCUAAUACACUCAAUAGGAAAACAACGUGCCUUGAAAAGACCUGCAAAGUAAGGCAGCCAAAAUAGUUGCAUUGGAUCUGAGCCAUAAUUAUUCCCUUUUUUUUUUCCUUUUUUUUUAGAUUUACCUUAAGGUUGAGGCAUUGCUACAGACCAAAAAUUAGCCGUCCAGUAUAAGCAGACUUUUAAUGUUUAAAGUAAUGGUUUUGAUGUUUGUGCAUAAUUUCUUUGGGAAGAAUAUGAUACUAUAAAAAGUAAGUUAAUUGCAAAUCAAAGAGUCUCCCACACAGCUUUGUGUUGACUGUUCAAUUAAAAAAAAGACAGUUAUAAGGGUUCAAUUCUUCUUCUGAAUUGUUCCUUUAAGGAAAGAAAGCAGUUAUGAAAGAGUUUCAAAUGUUUUCCUGUUUAACAUUUAAUGGUGCUUGUUAUCAUAUUGUUAUUUCACAAUUGUGUUUAACAUUUAUUCCCUGCUAUACUGAACUGAACUUCUUUUGUAGGUGAUCUGCAGUGAUGUUAAUCUUGCUUUAUACAAUAAUGUCUUAAAGGUUUAAAGUAAUAUGAUGUUUGUUGGAGUGUCCCAGCACUCCCAUUCUGCAGUACAAACAGUUACUAUUUUCUCAAAUGAUAUUCAGACAACAUAGCAGAAGUUUAAUUUUUUUUAAUAUCUUAAGCUGAGUAGAAGAAAGUUUUGUUUCCUUCUCCGCAAUAAUUUAGCAAAAGAAGUUUAAAUAAAUACUAGGAGAACGCACAUAGGUAGAAUGAGUUGCCAUGUUACCUAUACAAUGUUUUGUGCUGUUUUUUUCCCAAGAAGUUGAGUUCUUUCACUUCCACAGAUCUUUCAUUAUAAGUCGACUUUAUUUCUUGACUAUCGUUGCAAGUUGCACCCAAGACUUCAUCCAGAGCACAAGACAUCCUUUACAGUAUUUCCAGAUUUGGUUAUGAAGCCAUUAACAAUCUUCCCUCCCUGUUCCUGCAGCUUUUAUUCUUUUCUUCAUACAGGCAAACUUUGGCUGGUAUCUAUAGAUGUUUAUCAUAACUAAAGUCUGAUGUAAGGCACAUGUGCUGUGGCCCUAUAAAUGCAGAUUAUUUGGAGCAGAGCUGCUGGUAAGAUUGUAGGAAUUAGCCACUAGUCUGGCCAGAUUUUAGGGUAGAUCAAUUCACAGUUUGUGCAUGAACGCUUCCUGCAGUUUCAACUGGGGAGACUUUUCUCUUUAGUUUUUUUUAAUUAUGUACUUUCUUUGGAAUUGCUGCUGGAUCAUCCUAGAAAUGGAUACAUACUGGUGGUAGGGCUGAAUGGUAUAUUCUUAAAGACUGUAAAAUAUUUUUGGAUGCCAUUAUAGGGGAUGUAUUAGAUACAUGUGUUAUCUAAAUAGUUCAGAAGUUUAGUAAACUCCAAAUAUGUACUUCCAGAAUCAUGAAAAUCACAUUUCAUAUGAUUUGUUUUUUAUUUAGGGCCAUAAUUACAUUUGUUUGAAGACACAGUUUUACCACUACUGAAUGGUAUCUUGCUCUGUAAGAGACAAUAGGACACCAAUUUAAGCAGGAGUUAAAGCAGGAGUUUGAGACAUAUUUAUAUUGAGCAUGUGUUCAAGUGAAAGGUGUUUUCCUGAAUCAAGCAAGAUGUAAACAUUCAAGCAUGCAGAACUGUAAUGUAAAAGCAGAAUCUGAACCUAAGAGCUCAUGGAGCUCGUUCAAUUUAAUGAUAACAGAGAAUGGAUGUACCUUCUUUGUCUACCUGUAUAAAGCAGAUCAUACAAUUACUUUCUGCCCUGCUUGGGAUCACAGUGGUAGAGGAAUAAGGAGGCUUAUUAUGGAUUCAAAUUUUUCAAGGUCAACUUUGAAUUGAAUUGAUGGCUGUAGCCUGAUGGUUCAAAAGGUAAUUGUUUGCCAUUGAUGCCCAGGACAGAGUUUUAUCCUCUCCAUGUGCUAGGACUGAUAAUUGAUCAUUAUAUAAAACUGAGCCACGUAACCUUGGUCUGAGGUCAUCAAAAGACUGAAUCUCUCAUUUUCUGUUCCAGAAAACUUCUCGUUGUUUGGUGAGAUUCAAACUUACAUUGUUUUGCGAUCUGAGCUUAGUCAAAACACCAACAUGGCUAUGAAGGAAGACUUCUUUAUUGCAUUUUCAAUAUUUCAUCCUCUUUGUUAUAUUAAGAAAGUUCCUCAUUUAUGUAUUAACAUUAAACCAAAUGUUUUUUCAAUGAAAAUAGUGUAAUCAAGAAUAAUAGCUAUACAUGAGAACCUUUUGGUAUGUGCACAUUUAGACUGAGCUGCUCAGAAGCAAAAUGCUAUCUGCAUUCACUGUCAGUGCCUUGAGGGAAAUAAUUGACACAGGUUAAGACUCCAUUUAUAUAAUGAGCUGACCUGGACAGUAAGAUUGCCGCAGUGAGACUAAGCCACGACUCUGCGUUUCAAGGUCAUAGAUAGUGAAAUUAUGCAGAGAGCAUGUGGAUAUGGAAACUUUUGGUCAUUUUCAGUCAUAGAUGGAGAAUGCCUAUAAACCUUCUCCUACAGACUUGGAAAUCUGUUGACAAGUAGAACUAUCAAGAUUUACAAUGCUUGAAGAGACACUUGAGAUAGGGGAAUUAAGCAAAGUUUUAUGACAGAAAAAGGUGAAAAAAGUAAAGCACUAAAAAUGAAAGUUAUGGUCUUGAGCUUUCAGAAGAGAGUAGAGAGCAUUUGUCCAUGCAGGUGAAUGCAUCUGUAGCAAAAUUUAUUUCUACACCUGUAAUAAUAAUGAAAAAAACCCCAACUCAACAAGUCAUUUGUUAAAAAUAUUUAUGGCCUACAGAGCAAGAUUGCAGCCAGCAGAAGAUUUUUGGCUUUGUGGCAUCCAAAGGGAAAGAGGAAAUUGAUGUGUCUUCAUAUGAAGAGAGUUUGAUUAGUGAAUUGACAGACACAAUGCUAGGGAAUCAGAUUCUUUGGUGGAACUUUUCUCUUGGCUGACUGUGUAUGGACAAUGUCUUUUGGAGGAUGUCCCACUUCCAGUGUGCGGGGUGAUCUUGGUCAUGAGAAUAAAUCUUAAUUGUUUUUAACUGACCAGGCACUUCAUUCUUGUGUAAUCCUAUAUUAUUCAUUUUAUGAUUGUACUUCUACCUCUUCUUCCCACAAGGGAACUUUCAGACACAUCAAUCUGCAUCCCUCAGGAAAGCUGCUUUGACAUCUUUUUGGUUACAUUUCCCAGCUCAGGCUGUUCCCAGGUGAUACUUGCUGGGGGUAAGCAGUUCUUAACAAAUAACAUACACUGCAACAUCCAUUUUUCUCCCUCCCUUCUCCCAAGACAGAUAGAUGUUUCAUUGGUUUCCUCCACAUCUGCAUCUUUCCAAGUUUCACGCGUCUGCAGUUCUAGAGCCCCAAGGAAGAACAUUUACCCACGUGAAACUAGAAUUUCUGGAGAGCUGUUGCUGAGCAAUGAAGGGAAGAGUCCUUUAUUGUCAUCACUAUAUUUACAUUCUUGAGCCAUUGUGCAUCCCAUACUGACCUUUCUUUUAUUUACAUGCUUUGCUUUUCAGGUUGACUUGUAUUGCCCUUUACCUGGCACACAGUGCAUAUGGUGAUAGGGCUGUUUUUGUAAUUGCCCAUGAUAAUCUUCGGUUCCUGAGUCUUGGACCUAUAGGUCAGAACAAAAUCCUUUGAAAUACAAGACUUAGCUACAUAUUUCAUGCUUCCAUUACUUCUGAACUUAAAGGAUUCUUCACUGACUAUGUAUAAUGAGCUUCUAUCCAUCACUGACCAUAUUUUUGUGUCACAAGUAGUUAGGGAAGAAAACCCUAGAAAAUUGCCAUGUAAUUUGUUAAAGAUCUAUUCUAAGAGAGGCAUUCAGUAUCAUAUCAAGUAACUGCAACAUCUGGAUGGUAGAUACUAAUAAAGAGCAAAGGUUUAGUAGGAUCCUUGAGUCAGUAAGACAGACCAUUGGUCUGUAAUUUGGACGUAGCACCUAAGGGGAAUUUUGGGAGUAGAUCUCUUAACCGUUCUGUAAAAUGACAAAGAAAUUUGUGAAAUAUCAAGUAAACAUUGUCCUGACCAAAGCUUGACUGUUGCACAGAACAUAUUUUGGUCAUAGAUGCUGAAUAUGGUGUGUGGUAUGGUAUAUGUUUUAAAUGAUGAAUAAUGUUUAUAUUGCAGUAAACGUAAUCUUACAGUAGUGAAAAUAGAAAACAUUUAGAAAAUAGGUAUGUGUAGAAAACAGAUAUGAAAAAAGGUGUGAAGGUUGUUUCAGUUUGUAAAAGGGGCUACACAGAGGUGUAGCAUCUUAAAAUCAGAGGCUAGUGUGAAAGUCUUGCUCUUUCUACAUCAGUCUUGCAAAACAUAAAAAGAGGAUCUUACUCUAAGGUUUUGCAUUCAUGGAAGCAAUCUGCAACACCUUAAAGUCUUCCUCUCAAGCAUCAGAACAUACUUGAUCCUGAAUUACAAGCCAUUAUCUUAGAUUCAUCAGUGUGUAGAGAACUUGUCUCUCUGUCUGCAGUCCUGGUCCCCAAAGCUAAGGAAAGCUUUAGGGAAAAAUGUAACAGGGAAUUAAAAAAAAAGAUCAUGUAUAAGCAAUAGGAGCUAAAAGGAGAGGAUGGCAGGGUUAAGCUAAGUCGCCUAGAAGAGAAAAGGUCUGAGAGUAAAUUAAAUCAGCCUAUAAAUAGCUUUAAGGCAAUAAUAAUGUAAAUGAAGAAAGGGAAUUAUUCACAGUCUCAGAAGGUGAUAGAAUGAAAAAUCAAAGCUGGAAGCUAAGGCAGGAAAAGCUGAGAUGGGGCUUCUAGAGGAACAAUCAGGCUUUGGGAGAGAUCUCCAGGGGAGAAAUUAAGGCAUGAUUUACUAGAAAUUCAAGAACAGAUUAGCUAAUCCACUAGCAGAAUUUAUUUACAACACAAAAUACAUCUACAUGGCCAUUUUUAGUCCUGAUACCUGAUUUUAUGAAUGUUUUCCUAAUUUAAGGGGUAACAUCUCACCUUAGGACCUAUCUGUACUGCUGGAGAAAUGAGUGCUGACCUUGCUGUACUGACAGCUAGAUUGUAUACACUGAAACCGGCUUCAAAAGACCUGUCAUUCAGUGAAACUUCACUUCUCAUCAAGUGGUUUCAAAACCCAGAGUUGGUGCAAUGCAGUGGCAUGCAUAGAUGCCAAGUUAAACUUUGCUAUGAAAGAAGUAGCUUUGCUUUCUCAGUUAUUAGAUGAGCUUUUCAGGGAGGUAUCGUUCUGCAACACUUGCAGUGCGAGCUGAAAUAAAGUGCUGUAUUUUCUGCCAUAGACAAUUUCUUGGAAUAAAAUAUUUUCAGUUAUGCUAUCGAGCUUUUGAGAGUAUGAUAAUAAAUCUGGAAUCUCUAAGUGAUUAAAUUAAAAUAUACCAAAUAACCACAUGGGAAAUUACAUGAGAAAAUUACCUUUAGAAAAACAUUUAUUAGUGGUUUGUGAUCUACAUUUUCAUUCUUAGGAAUUAUAUUUCUAACAGAGUUAAAUUUACAAAGAUAUCAGUAGGCUUUUAGUGAUACUGACCCAAAAAUAACCGAAAUAUGAAUGUAAUCUCAAAGCUUAGGUGUAUUCAUUGUAUAGAAAGAUAUUCCUACUACUGAAGAUGUGUCCUUAUAAAGCAAUUAUUUCAAGUGUAAUUUUUAGUGUAUGCGCUAUAUUUAUAAUUUCAGUUUGUUGGCAGUAGAAUUGUAUUCACAUUUAAUGUCCUGAUACUGGUCUAUGCUUUGUAUUGUAAAGCAAGAAAUCACAGGCACAUAUGAACUAGCUUUUUCCUCUAUUUAGAGGAUCAGAUUCCUUCCUGCUGGAAAUAGGUACACACCUCCUUUGAAGUCCUUGGUCUAUGUCUAUUUACAGUUUCUACUGUAAAAAAAAGAAUCUUGUGUUUACUAUUUAUCUUGCAUAUUUUCCAGAACGGCAACCUUACCAGCCUUGGUGGAGUUGCAGCUGGUUUACAACGCCUACAAUAGAUGAUCUGGGUCCAUGGGGAAGAGGGAAAGUAGGUAGGGGCUGGGCUUCUCUCUCAAUUACAGAUGAGGUAAAUCGGGAGUAACCCCGCUGAAGUCAGGGGCCUGGCCACGGUCUGAAACUGUGAUAGAAAUAAAAGGAAACAAUGUCUUUUCAGCUGUAUUGGAGCACGCUGGACCCAAGAAAUGUCAGACAUACUGACUGCUUUCUAAGGGCUCAUUCUCCAGCUCUGACUUCAAAAACUCGACCUUGAGCUAAGAGGGUCCCUCUUGCUGAGGGGAGGUACUCAUUGCAGCAAGGGUUUAACGUGGACAGUAGCAUGAAGGCGAGGAAGGCUGAAGGCCACUUUGUUCCUGUCGCUGAGUGAUUUCAGCUUCCUCCCAUGUUCUGCUUCUGUCUGUUCUUUUAAAAAUGCACUUAUCCUUCUCCAUGGCCUGCUGGACCAUGCAGCUAAGUGUUAGUGAUAGCAUGUUGGUGUUGCAAGCAACAUUCAAAGCUGUAUACAGCUGUCAGAAAUUAAUACAGACCUUUCUAGAACAUUUAUUGCUGGAUCUUUUUGGUAUAAUGGAGAUCAUGGAAGAUCUGAGCAUGAUUAUUAACAAACUGCAGAGGUCAGAGCAGUGGGAGAGUUCAUAAACUCUUACAGUCUUGUAACUCACUGUCCCGAAUUCAAUUGUUAGUGUCCAUAAAUGUUUCCAACACAUUGUGUGUCAGUGCAACGUCCUGGAACUGCAAUCAACAAUGUAAGAGAAAAUUUAUGGAGUGAACCUGUAAAUAACUGUGUAAGUUCUCAAGCAGUGUUGCUGAGUUAAUAUGUUGUUAAUAUAUAACGCUGUGUUAUGAAGCAGUGCAGAACCUAGCUUACUGGCUGCACUUAACACCAGGGAACACUUCGCUGUCACUGUAUUGGAACAACAAAUCGGUUAUUUUCCUUUUUCUCUGCCCUUUUUUAUUCCUCUAAACACACCGCCAGAUGGACAGCAUCACGGGCAGACUUUAUU